AGCUCCGGCUCUGAGCGCUGUCCGAGCGUCCGGGCGUCCGCUGCCAAUGAGGCUGCAAUUCCGCAGCGCCGUGGAUGAGCGGGGGCAGCUACGAAGCGAAGUCCAGGCGCUUCAGACAGAGCGUGAUGCCCUCGCUGCGGAGGUGCAAAGACUGCAGAGUGGCAAUCAAGACCACCUUGAGGCAAGGGAGCAGCGGUGGCUCACGCUGCAAAAGGAGUUAGAGACCAAACUCUCAGCAGUGUAUGGCGAGCUCAAGGCACGCUCAGCUGAAGCAGGUGCAGCCAGGGAUGAGGUGCAACGCCUCAACAAUGCCUUAGAUACCGCUCGUGCUUCUUGCAAGAGCGCGGAGGCUCGUGCCAGUGCAGCGGAGAAGAGUCAAGCCGAGACUGCAGCGCGAUGUCGUGCGGCAGAGGGCAAUGCUCAGCGCCUCGUGACCGAGCUCCAGGAGCUCCAAGCGUCUGCCGGCCUGGCAGUGCGCAGGGCGGAGCGCUGUGAUGCCGCGGAGGCGGAGGCGUCCAGGCUGCAGAGUGAGCUGGUGAGGCUCCGCGCAGAGGAGAUCCGCUGGAGGUCCGAGCAGCAGCUCCAUGCCGACCUCGCGGAAGCUGACCGCGAGGCCAGCCGCCGUGCUCAGCAAGCUGAGAGACGUGCGGAGUCGGCCGAGCAAAGGGCCAGCAGUGCCGAGCUGCAUGCGAAGGCGCUGGACUCGCAGUUGGCGACGGUCGGGGAGCAGUUGCAAAAGUCGGAGGCAGCACUGGAAGUGGCCCAGGCCGCAGAGCGGCAGUCACAAAGGAUGGCGGGUGAGGCCACUUCCAAGCUGGCGGAGACCUCCCAGGAGCUGGCGCGCUGCUCUGACGAGAGCGCUGUCUGGCGGCGCAAGGCAGAGGAGGCCGCCGAGCUGCUGGAGCGGCUGACCGCCGCAGAGCAAACGGCCGCCCUCCUGGCGCAGCAGCUGCAGGCGGAGCGGGCGGAGCUGCGGGCGCAGGGCGAGGAGCUGCGGAGCAGCGAGCUCCGCGCGGCGGCGGCGGCCGCCGCCGCCGAGGCCGCGGAGGCUUCGGCCGCAGAGGCCGCGGCGUGUGCCGCGGACGGCGACCGCCGGGCGGCGGCGGCCGCGGAGCUGGCGGCGGCGGUGGAGGCGCGGUGUGCGCCGCUGGAGGCGGAGGCGCAGCGCAGCCGAGAGGAGGCGCAGGAGGCCCAGCAGGAGGCGAGGCAGCGGCGACUUGAGGCCGAGGCCACCCGCAUGGCGCACUACGAGCAGGACCGGGAAGUGCAACGCCUGCGCGAGCGUUUGGCAGCUCAGACGGAGGAGCUGGAACGGCUUCAGACGCUGCUAGCCAUGGGUGGCAGUUUCGAUGAUGUGGCUGCAGCUGCAACUGCUGCAGCCACAGCAUACCUCAGACCUCCGCGAAGGAUCCGCGACCAGCCAGUGCGGGAGAAGGAGGUGACCCCACGAGGACGGCCUGCCUUGCCUCCUUCUGUGGGACGACGUGCGGCAUCUCCUUGUGACAAUCCCUUGGCUUUGCCUCAGGUGCCCCGCCGGCCCUCCUCGAAGUCGCAGAGGACCCCGAGCUUUGCGAGCACCGCGCCGGACGAGGAGCGCGCCUGAGCGCGAGAACAACUUCAGCUCAGCUCAGCUCAAAAGCGCGAGCUCUCGAGGAGUUGGGGUUUCUUGGGCAGUAUUUUCUCUCCACUGCAUUGCGACGACUCUUCUCGUGCAUGCGGAUGGCCAGUUGGGUAAGCUCGUUAGCUACGUGAGCUGUUGAAGUUACUAGAGUUUUUUCAGAGUCGGGGUAGGGCCGGAUCCGAACAUCGGACUGGCUGAGAGUGUACACAGCUUGCUUGGGCGAUGCAAUUUUGUGGAUCUCCACAACUCAAUGUAAAUGCGUUUGGGUCGGAGUCACCCGCUGAAAUGGGCGGGUUUUGCACAGUGGACAUAUUGCUUGGUGCCUGCAG